ACCGUGCAAUCUCUAUCAAAGUCAUUCUUCCAUGGAUUCUUGUCUAUGCUUGGGUUAGAGCCCUAAGGAGCUCUGCGACUUUCAGGUUCCAGAGCUGCUUGAUUUGCCGGCUUUGUUAGUAUCAUCGUUAUAACCGCUGCAUAGUGACAAGCUGACAAUCGGGCAGAGCUGGAGAUCUGAAAUUGUGACCGACUAGGUGUUGUCUACAACUUCGCAUAGAUUUUCUCUGCUCGAGAAUUUGAAGUCCCGAUGUCGUAGAAUACCGUGGAAGGUUAAGACACUCAGCUGGGAGAAGUUCCAAGUAGCAGGGGACAUGGCAGAAACCGUCUUCCGGAGGAAGCAAUCUGAUUCUCCACCUGCAUCGGAUUGGGAACAUACAGCACAAUCUUGUCGUUGUAUUCGCAAAAACUAAAAAAUGGCUUUCAUCUGCAGCAGAGAAGUUGGCUGAGUAUGUGAUGAUGGUAGCAUUCAUCAGAUUGAGAUCUGACUCUGAUACAUUUGAGCAGAUCGACACAUAAGGGGCUUUCUGAGAUGGGUUCUACUGCAGAGUAUGCUGCUCUGAAUAACAGAGGAGGAGAUGCCGGGGACGGGGAACUAGAAUUUGUACCGCUAGUCAUCCGAUCCUCUCCUUCGCAUGAACCCGUUCAGGAUGAGGUCCAAAAGAGCUCGAUGAAGGCAGAUGAGGGACAGGGAGAUAAUCAACAGAUCGAGUGGGCGCAGCAUAAAAGACAAUGGAAACUCCCAAUCUGCAUCAUUGGAGCUGUUGUUAUCGUUGUCGUCUCACUUGUUUUGGGACUUGUAGUCUCUGAGUCCAAGUCCGACAUGGAAGUAUACUCUACUGAGCUGUACAGGACCGGAUUUCACUUCCAACCACAGAAGAAUUGGAUGAAUGAUCCCAACGGAAUGAUAAAGUACAUGGGGUACUAUCACUUGUUCUAUCAGUAUAAUCCUGAUGGGCCAAAAUGGGGCAACAUAAACUGGGGUCAUGCCGUUUCAAAAGAUCUUGUUCACUGGCAUCACAUCAACCAGUCAGCUCUUGCUCCGGGUCCUGAUUGGUACGAUAUUUACGGCGUGUGGUCUGGAUCAAGCACAUUACUUCCCGAUGGAACCCCUGCAAUUUUGUAUACUGGAUGGUCUAACAUUUCAACAAGCACUCAGGCGCAGACCCAAAACUUGGCUGUGCCAUUGAAUGCAUCAGACCCUCUACUAAGAGACUGGGUGAAGUCUCCAUCUAAUCCAAUCAUGAAUCCAGGGAAGGGUUUUAAUACCCAGAACUUCAGAGAUCCCACAGAAGGAUGGAUUGGCGCAGAUGGGCAAUGGAGGGUACUAAUUGGUGGCACUAUGCUUAAGGGCAAAGGAGGCACUGCACACUUGUACAAAAGUAGAAAUUUUGUCAAUUGGACAUAUGUUCAAGAUCUGCACUCUGUAAAUUAUACUGGAAUGUGGGAAUGUCCAGAUUUUUACCCAGUGGCUAUGGAGGGGAGAGAUGGAUUAGAUGUAUCCACAAACACUGUGAAGGUGAAACAUGUUUUAAAAGCAAGCACAAGGAACCAUGACUACUAUACUGUAGGUACUUACGAUAGUGUUUUGGACACUUUUGUCGCCGAUGAUCCCGAGCUAGAGGUAGGCUUCGGAAUGCGUUAUGAUUAUGGAAAAUUUUAUGCUUCAAAAUCGUUCUUCGACAAGAGCACAAGCAGAAGAAUUCUGUUCGGAUGGGUCAGUGAAUCUGACAGCGAUGCAGACGCUAUUACCAAGGGAUGGUCUGGCCUUCAGUCUCUCCCAAGACAAGUUUGGCUCGAUCCGGAUACCGGAAUGGACCUUGUACAAGCACCCGUUGAGGAAGUAGAUGGACUUCACAGAGAUCAAGUUUUCAAGUUCAACUUCACAUUACCGGCGGGAUCUGUUAUGGCUAUUGAAGGAGUUCACGGACCUCAGUUGGACAUUCAACUGGAGUUCAACAAACCGGACAUGCCGAUGAACUUGUUAUUCAAUGGUACAGACGCAACUUCGCUUGUAGGUCAAGAGGUCUGUGCGAACGGAACAUCACAUAAUGGACUUUAUGGUCCUUUUGGAGUGUUGGUUCUCGCUGAAAAGGACCUUCUAGAGCAAACAGGUGUAUUCUUCUAUCUGACACUUGCUUAUGACGGAACCUGGAAGGCGAUAGUGUGCAGUGAUGAAAGCAGAUCCUCAAUGCAAACAGAUGUUGACAAAGCUUCAUAUGGAACAUAUGUCCGGGUGCUGGAAAGUGAUCAAUAUCUCACAUUGCGUACCUUGGUAGAUCAUUCAAUUGUCGAAACCUUCGCUCAAGGAGGGAGGGCGGUCAUCACAUCGCGCGUGUAUCCAACCAUGGCGUUAAACAAUGACGCCUACUUUUUCCUAUUCAACAAUGGCACUCAAGAUAUCAAAGUCCAAAGUCUCAAUGCCUGGAGGAUGGAAGCUGCGCCGCCUGAUGAAAUGGAACCAAAAGUUUAGGCAAUCAAGCAAUUUUGUAACAUACUCACUCGAUCGGAGUUGAGAAACUGCAGGCUAUGUCAUGGACAGCUCCUGUCCUGGGCUCUACACUUCGUAGCCAUGCUCUCUACGAGUGCAGUUCACUUCAACUGAAGUUUCUCAUCGAAGCUUAAUCACUCGCAUGCUGCACAUUGCGCAUGACCUCGAAGCUAUAAACCAUGAAAUAAAAUUUUUUAAACAUUUGCUUGCCAGUCAAACCUCUCGUGGCUAUCUCGACGCGCAAAUGGAUAGCGUCGAAGAGCGGAUAGGCGUAAACUCUCUACGGAUACCUUCAUGCUCUAGUCUACAUGAGGUUUAUUGCACAAUCACAUCCUAAAAGCUAAAGGCGUUGGAAUUGCUGAGCAGUCUCUGACUUCAUAGAUUGGCGAAAUGACAUAAUAUUUUUGAGACUUCCCAA